AUGCUACAUGAUUACAAUAUCUAUAGAUCAGACAGAGAAAGAGUGAAUGAUACAAACAAACACGGCGGCAGUCUCAUUGCUGUAAAGAAUACAUUCGCAUGUGAAAAACUUACUGUAGAUCUGCCUGACAGCUGUGUUUCAUGCAAAAUUGAUAUAUCCGGCCAGGAGUUGAUAUUCUGUGUCUUUUAUAACCCCCCUAAAUCAAGUCCCUACAGGUACUUGUAUGAAGAUUUUAACAAAAUAUUGAAUGCCUUUCCAACCUCGUCAUCCCUUAUCGUUUGUGGUGACAUCAACUUCCCAGAAACAAAUUGGCCGUCCCUAACAAGUGCCAGUGAAGAGGAACAGGAGGUAGUUGAUGCCUUUGACGCAAAACUCUUCAGACAAACAGUUAACUUCUCUACAUGCGGAAAAAACUUGUUGGAUGUAGCCUUCCAUAGAAAUUGUCUCGUACAUGCUCAAAGGGAUGAAUUCUUCGAUAAACAAUAUGACUGUUCAGAUCAUCAAUCAAUAAACCUCAACGUCGAAAUAGAACACCAAGAAGCCAAACCGGUCAUUGACAAAUAUAGAAGCUUUGGUAAAGUUGACUUCGAAGGUAUAAACAACGCUAUGGCUGAUAAAAUUUUCAAUCCAAUAUGCUACACAAAUAUAGAUAAAACCUGCCAAGAGCUAUAUGAUUACUUUGAAAAUUUGUUAGAAAUCUAUGUGCCUCGAAGAACUGCGCAUCGACAGCAGUUACCAUCAUGGAUAAUCCAAAGCACAUCAAACCUCAUGAAAAAGCUUAACACCCAAAAAAAACUACUCAUUUCGAAACCAACAAGCCACCGCAAACGUCAAGUUGCACUAAUGGAAAAUGUAGUAAUCCAGUCCAGUGAAAAUGAUCGAUUAAACUAUCAGAACAAACUUCUGAGUACAAGAAACACAGAUAUCAUUUACAAGCACCUGAAAAGUCUCAACAAAUCUGCAUCACUGCCAAAAAUAAUGAUAAGCAAUAACACCACUGUUUCCAGCCUGGAAGAAAAGGUGAAUCUGCUCAACGACUUUUUUCACUCAGUAUUCUCGCAAAAAAUAAAGUUUAACAUUAAAGACGUUGAAUGUGACAAUCCACAGAUCACAAAUUUCAGCAUAUCUCAUUCAACUAUAACAGAAACCUUGAUGAACAUUGACGUUACCAAGUCUAGAGGACCCAACGGCCUGCCUCCAAUUUUCUUCCAACAAACAGCCACCAACAUGGCAAAUGCCUUGCCGGUAAUUUUCAAGAACAUCAAGAGAUUGAGAAAAAUACCUAGUUGCUGGAAGACGGCAGCGAUCUCCCCAAUAUUCAAAAAAGGAGACAGACGUAAUGUGGAAAAUUGGCGUCCAAUUCAUUACUCAACAUAG